CCAGGAGAUAAAACCACAAAUGCAACACAGAUCUUAUCUACGAGUCAGUUUUUGUGAACCAACAGAGACAUGUGGAAUGACUUAAGGACUAAUACAUGAUAAGCAUGCAGAAAACAAGAGCAAAAAUGUGCGAGAGAGGGAAAGGAAGAUGUCCUGAGAAAAGUCAUGUUCAGCUAGCAACUACAGAUGAGUCCUUUAUUUAUGUAUAAUUACUAAUCAUUUUUGUUUUUACAUUUUAUGCCAAAACCUUCUUUUAAACCAUUUUUCUUGAUACCAUUCAUCCCUGCCUUGCCAUUACCUCAAAAACAUAACCUAUCGAUGCUCUAUCACAACAAAACCAAACAAAAGGGGAAAAACUUAACAUUUUCUCUUGGAAAGGCAACAUUAUCACUCUUAUCUCUCUUACUGGAGUGAGACAAUAUGCUUCAUUCCAUUACAAGCUAAAUCCAAACUCAUGCUUCACAGCAGACAGCCACGAGGCACAGAAAAUAGUGGCUGUGAGGCUUGCAGUGUUGACGCAAAUCCUCCAAUCCAAGAUAUUAGUCAUGAUUUGGGAAUACCUGUUCUUUCACCCAUCUCCAAAGUAGCAGUGCUAGACAUUGUUUUUGAAGUUAUUUUUUCUCCUAGUACUUGCAUCAGCAGUGUGAACGUUUCUGUACCAAAAUAUCUAAAACAUAUAUUGAUAUACAUGAAUUUAAAAGAAUAGUUAUGUGAUAAUUUACUCACCUCAUGUCAUUCCAAACCAAAAUGACCUUCUUUCUUAUGCAGAACACAAAAAGAGAUAUUAUAAUUAAUAUCCUGGUGCAUCAUUUCAAUACAAUGGCAGUUGAUGGUGACUAACUUCAAAACCCCAAAGUAUCAUAAAAGUAGGACAUUCAAUGCGUGCGUCAUAGUCUUACAAAGACGUGUGCUAAUUUUUGGUGAGAAACAACUAGAACUUUUUGUCACUUUUUAGUGAAGAUUUUGGCAUCUGUUGUGCGUAAAUGAGUGCUAUGAGAGAGGCCAAUUCAACAACAUGACCACAAUGGAAGUCGACAUGUGGUUACCAAAUGUAUCGGCCUCCUGAUUUUACCUCCAUUCUGCCAAGUUACUGACAAGCUGCAAAUGUGUUUACCUUUUGUUGAGGCACAACUCCUAGCGUGUUGCAUGAGUAGCCUCAGAGACAUUGUGUUCUGGUCCCCAGGAAGUAAUCACAUUUCACGUUCACCAAAUCAAUGAUGAGCGUGAUUCAGAGGCAACAUUUUAAGAUGUCUAAGACAACAUUUUUACUCCACUGAUGGUUACAUGUAGAUUUAGGGUUUGGACGCAUGGUUAAUAAAAUAUGCAUUCUUUUUACUGUAUUACAUCAUUUACAACUAAAACAACUUGUUUUUGAUGCCACCCUGUGAACAUUUCUCUCACAUGCACACAUACGUUCAACCACACUUCCAGGUUUGGCCACAGGGGGCAUUGGUUGAAUUUAAAUGAAGAACUUUCAACCUACUGUCGCUGAAGUGUGAUCAGUCUGCGCUCACAAUGGUUUGCAUGUUGAUGUGAGAGCCCUACAUUUUUUUUUUUCUCUUUGAUCAAGCCGUUUCACUCUGAAAUCUCUCAGAUUGUGAAAGUAAAAUGCAUUGUUAACACUGCUUGACAUUAAGGCACCUGUCAUUGUUGUUCAUCCUAAUGUAAAUGUGUCAUUUAAUUUUCCUGUCUGAGCCUGAGAUUUUACUGAGAUGUCAGAAACUCAUAUCUGUCUGUUGGAUCACACCUCUUUUGCUGUUUCACUGCACCAUACAAAAUUACACUCUAUGCUGAGACUGACUUGUCAUAUCUUCCGUACAAUCCAUUUUCCAGAAAGUAAGUAGACCAUGUAAGCAAUUAUAAUGAUCUCUCUGGCUUAACAAAGGGCUGUAUAUCAUGAGUAUUUCUCAUUUUUACAUAGUGUUGGAUUCUUCUCUGUUGUUGCCUUCAUUAAUAAUAAUAAUAAUAAUUACAAUAUGCUUUUCUGCUAUAGGAUGCUGGAAGCCUUAUGAUUUGAUUUUCUAGUGGUCGUACAGUACAGAGCUCUGGCCUCAGAUUUACUGGCUUCUAAAAUCCUCCUAAAAGCACAAACUUCAUAACAUGAGACAUGUGCAAUUGUCUUGUAUAAAAGAGAUGUUGUUAGUAUUUUAAUGUAAAUUAUAGCCAAUUCAGGAAUACACACAGUCAAUAUUAUGGCAGACUGAAACAGCCGAAUGCUAAUUGUAAUGAAGACACUGACAGAUACUGUAAGUAGUUGCAGCAACCCGCCAUCUUGUCUCAACAUAGUUUGCCUUUUCUUCUCAGAGAACAACUCAGUGGCAAACUAAUCUUCUAACCACCCCUGUCUGGUUCUGUUUGCUGACCUCUGCUGUACACAGUUUUUUGGGCAGCUUGUUAAGAUGCAGUGGCCUCUGCUGGGGAGUGAGAGAUGAUUGAUGUUUACCUGUGCUGAGCUGCUUUGGGAGGAGAGUGGAUCGGUUUCAGGUGUAUAUGGCAAACAGUGAUCGUUCCCAUCUGACAGAGGAAUAUAUUGCUCACAAGUCAAUUUCGGUGCGGGUCCUACAGACUCCAGAGGGAGGUUGAUUUCAUACAGAAACCUGCUCUCACGCGGACUAAUUGCACUACCGUUGCGGACUGUAGAGAUAUUUGGAUUACUACACGCGUACGAUUCCUGUUACCGGUUUCAUUCAACUCAUUUACUGACUCUUCGGACCUUCUUAUCUAUAUGAAAAGAAAUACUGUGGGACUUCUUUUGAUUUCAGUGGCAGAUGCCCAGCGCCGUAUGCCCCUGCCCCAGCAGUGCUGAGCAGAGUCCCGUGGACCCCCAUGGCUCCCCCUGUUGAGGGAACACCCCUGGCCCGCUGCCUAGUCCUGCUGCCCAGCCUGCUGCUGCUUUUGCCCAGAGGAGUGCCCUGCCGGGGGGCCACACGGGCACUGGAGUCCCCUUGCUACAAAGCUGAACACCCACUCAUCUCUCACACAGAAAUCGAGCCAUGGAUCCAUCAGUUCAGAUCUGAGGGAACAGUUGAUUAUUCACAGCUCACAUUUGACCCCGGCCAGAACGAACUAAUCGUAGGCGCCAGAAAUCAUCUCUUCAGGCUACAUUUAGAGGAUCUUUCAUUGAUCCAGGAGGCAGAAUGGCAUUGUGAUGUGUUUACCAAAGGAGCCUGUUUCAGUCGGGGCAAAUCAGAGGAAGAGUGUCAGAAUUAUAUCCGUGUUCUGCUGGUCAAUGGAGACAGACUGUUUACCUGCGGAACAAAUGCAUUCACUCCCAUUUGCACCAAUCGAACGCUGACCAACCUGACCGAGAUCCACGAUCAAAUCAGUGGAAUGGCAAGGUGCCCCUAUAACCCUCUUCAUAAUUCUACUGCCCUCAUCACUUCCAGUGGUGAACUGUAUGCUGCCACAGCGAUGGACUUUUCCGGCAGGGACCCAGCAAUUUACCGCAGUCUGGGAGGUCUCCCCCCUCUGCGCACUGCCCAGUACAACUCCAAAUGGCUCAAUGAGCCCAACUUUGUUUCCUCCUACGACAUCGGCAAUUUUACCUACUUCUUCUUCCGUGAGAAUGCGGUAGAGCAUGAUUGCGGCAGGACGGUGUUCUCUCGUGCCGCCCGGGUUUGUAAGAAUGACAUCGGCGGCCGUUUUCUGCUGGAGGACACCUGGACCACCUUCAUGAAGGCCCGACUUAAUUGCUCACGACCAGGCGAGAUUCCAUUCAACUUCAAUGAGCUGCAGGGAACAUUUUUCCUGCCUGAGCUGGAGCUUCUUUAUGGGAUCUUCACCACAAAUGUGAACAGCAUUGCCGCAUCAGCUGUGUGUGCCUUCAAUCUGAGUGCAAUUACCCAAGUAUUCAGUGGGCCUUUCAAGUACCAGGAUAAUUCUCGCUCAGCAUGGCUGCCCUACCCCAAUCCCAACCCUGACUUCCAGUGUGGCACUAUAGAUUAUGGCUCCUAUGUAAACCUAACGGAGAGGAAUUUGCAAGAUGCUCAGAAAUUCAUUCUGAUGCACGAGGUGGUACAGCCUGUUGUUCCUGUGCCAUACUUCAUGGAGGACAAUGUGCGCUUCUCCCAUGUGGCUGUGGACGUAGUACAGGGCAAAGACAUGCUCUACCACAUCAUUUAUCUAGCCACAGAUUAUGGCACCAUUAAGAAGGUGCUCUCUCCACUGAACCAGACUACGGGCAGCUGUUUACUGGAUGAGAUUGAGCUCUUUCCCACAAAAAAGAGGCAGCCAAUCCGCAGCCUCCUCAUACUUCAUAGCCGCAGUGAGCUGUUUGUGGGUGUCAGGGACCAGGUCAUCAAAAUCCCACUCAUGCGCUGCAACUUCCACAAGUCUAGAGAAGCCUGUGUUGGGGCCAGGGAUCCAUAUUGUGGCUGGGAUCUGAUGCUAAAGAAAUGUACUACCUUGGAAGAGAGCAUCAGCAUGAGCCAAUGGGAGCAGAGCAUCACAGAGUGUCCUGUGAGAAAUGUGAUUGUGGAUGGUCAUUUUGGUACCUGGUCAGGAUGGAAGGCUUGUAGUCAUAGCGAUGGGGGCAGUGUUGGCUCAUGCCAGUGUAGGACGCGAGCAUGUGACAGCCCGAGCCCUCAGUGUGGAGGACAACCUUGCCAAGGAAUAAGCGUUGAGGUGGCAAACUGCUCCAGGAACGGGGUCUGGACGCCGUGGACAGCCUGGGCUCCCUGCAGCACCAGCUGUGGUAUCGGAUUCCAGGUGCGGCAGCGUUCCUGCAGCAACCCCACACCUCGCCACGGAGGACGUGUAUGUGUGGGCCAGAACCGUGAGGAGAGAUACUGCAAUGAGCACCUUCCCUGCCCGCCGCAUGUCUAUUGGUCAGCAUGGUCUCCAUGGGAACGCUGCACCGUUCCGUGUGGUGGUGGGAUCCAGUCUCGGCGGAGAACAUGUGAAAAUGGAAACGAAUGUCCUGGAUGCAGCAUAGAAUUCCAGUCCUGCAAUACCCUACCUUGUCUGGAUCUAAAGAAGACAACACCCUGGACACCAUGGACACCCGUGAAUAUCUCAGACAAUGGCGGUCAUUACGAGCAGAGGUUCAGGUACACAUGUAAGGCACGUGUCCCAGAGCCCAGUCUGCUGGAGGUGGGGAGGCAGAGGAUUGAGAUGCGGUACUGCUCCAGUGAUGGUACCACUGGAUGCUCCACCGAUGGAGAUUUGUUGCAUUCCAGCCGUGUCACAGGAAUGACAGUAAAUGGAGGCUGGUCUGCCUGGGGCCCGUGGAGCCAGUGUAGCCGGGACUGCAGCGCAGGUGUUCGGAGCCGCAAACGCACCUGCUCAAACCCCAAACCCAAAUAUGGAGGAAUCACCUGCCUCGGGCCUGCCCAGGAGUUCCAGGAGUGUAACACUACACCAUGUCCAGUGGAUGGGAGCUGGUCAUGCUGGUCACCUUGGUCCAAAUGCUCAGUGACAUGCGGAGGAGGCCACUACAUGCGCACACGCAGCUGUAACAACCCUCCUUCUGCCUACGGAGGUGAUAUCUGCCUGGGCUUGCAUACUGAAGAGGCCCUCUGUAACAUCCAACCUUGCCCUGAGAGCUGGUCUGAUUGGUCCGAAUGGUCCCCCUGUGACUCGUCAGGGUCUCAGGUUCGCUUGCGGCACUGUGAUGUCCUGUUCCCCACUGGAAACCAGUGCUCUGGCAACAGCAGUGAAACUCGUGCCUGUCUGCCCAUCUCCAACUUCAUCCCAGAAACUUCUGUUGCACGGUCAAGUCAAGAAGAAAGAUUGUGUGGAGACUUCAAUGUGUUCCACAUGAUCGCUGUGGGCCUGAGCAGCUCCAUACUGGGAUGUCUGGUGACCUUACUGGUGUACACUUACUGUCAGAGAUACCAGCAGCAAUCCCAUGAUGCCACAGUCAUCCAUCCUAUCUCUGUAGCCCCACUCAACACCAGCAUCACCAACCACAUCAACAAACUGGACAAGUAUGACUCAGUUGAAGCUAUUAAGGCUUUCAACAAGAAUAACUUGAUCCUGGAGGAAAGAAAUAAAUAUUUCAACCCUCAGCUUGCAGGAAAAACAUACACCAAUGCCUACUUCACAGAUGUCAACACCUACGACGACUUUUAAAAAUGGAUCUAUGUUUCCAGCCAUCUUCACCUUGGAAGGAUAUUUCCAUAUCAGCUGCAUCACCUAGUGAUUUUUUUCAAAAUUUUUGCUUUGUGUUUUGCUCUGAUGAACAAAAAACAUUUUAUGUGGGACCAUUUUACCAUCAAAUACCUAUAAAGCUGUAUAUAAGCAUUUUUCAGAGUUAACAAAGACAUCAUCCAGUUGUGUGGACAUCACUGAAUUGACUUGACCCUCUCCAUGGUGGAGAAAUAAAGCAGGCUUCACAAAGAGGCGAUUCGAUUCAGCUAUAAACAAAGAAAUGACACAUGGACACUUUGCAUGAUUUUCAUCUAAUGUGUUUUUUUUUUCUUUGUUGUUGCUUCAUUUAUUUGCAUGGUUGAUUGCAUUCCACUGUUUUUGUGGGUGGGGCCUAUACAUCCUGAAUGGGUGGAGCCUUCCUGGACUGCUUUGUCUCUGUGCCACAAUGAGAACCUUCUGUGGUCCCCAGUGCAUUUGCCUGCCCUAAAAGAGGAUUUGCCACAACUCACACAAUAUGUAGAUACCAAGGUCUCUUAAAAAUAGUUAAUGUGUCUAAAUAUGGGGCCCUUGUUAGUAAAGCUCUUAGCAGUGGUUAAAAUCUCUGUUUUUGUUGUACAAUACACAUUUCAUGAAGCAUAUGUCUAUGUAGCUUUUAUAGAUUAGGCUAUUUUAAGUGUUAGUUUGUUUCAAAAUAACCCUAUUAAGUCAACAAAAAUUAAUCACAAAACAAAACAUUCGUCUUUAUGUGGCAUAAGGUCUGCAAAAUAGACAGAAUGUGAAAUGCAAAAGGACCUUUUUAUGUAUUCCAUUGAUCAUUUUAAUAUUAUCAGCAUAUUUCUGUUUGUUAGUUUAGUAGUUGAAAAAGUUCACAAAUACGCAAGUAUUAUCAAGAAAAAACUAAAAUUGCUAUUCUUGUUCUCAAACAUUUUAAUGAAUUUACUCAACCACCUAUUCGUUAUGGAGAGGUGUGUUCAGUGCUUGAAAUAUAUUUUUUUUUUUCUUUAUUUUUCAAUUUCUACUAAUUCUUUUUCUACUUGUAAAAGAUUUGAUUGCUUGUUUUAAUGUGCAUAAAUUAAAUUUGCUUCAUAUACCUCACUGUGUUCAAUCUGUAAAGUGUUAGCUAUAGCAUUACUUUACUGUAUGUAGUGCUCAAUUCAUUACACAAGGAUCGUGUUCAUGAGUUGAGAGCACAAAAACGGCACCAUAAAAUCACAACUAACAAUGUAAAACUUUGGAUUUUCUUUAAGCCCAGACUUUUCCAAUUGGGCCAUGUCAAUUAAAAAA